UUUUUUAAAGAUUGACUUAUCUAUUUUAGUUCCAAAGGUUGCUGUCCAAAUUAUCGAAAAGUCGGAAGGGAAUGUAAAGAGUGUUGGCCGGGGACAUAUGGAGAAAAUUGCCUCAUCUGUCCUACUACAAAUUAUGGACGUUUUUGUCUGAACAAGUGUGAUUGCUCAGGAAUUUGCUCCCCGACUUAUGGAUGCAAUAUUUCUAUGAAAGAAAUAUAUAUUGAAGAUUCGUCCGGGUGGAAGACGGGACUAGCCAUUGCUGGUAGUUUUGCAAUUCUUAUAGUACUAGUGAUUGUUGGUGCAUAUGUUUAUAGAAGAAGCAGAGGAGAAUUUUGGAGAAAGGGAACCAAAAAGGCUGUUUCAAUUGAUGGACUAGCAGAACAAAAUGAAGAAAAUGAUUUGAGUGACAUUGAAUCUACUAGGUAUUAUAGUCAUGGAAAUAAAACAGUUUCCAUGGAUUCCGAACCAUGCAUGCAAAAAUUUAAGAAAGAUGACUCAGAAUCAUUUACUCAAGGAAGCGAUGUUAAACAAAAUAAUGAUAUCAUACCAGUGACAUCAAAAGAAAUUAAUGUCGAAAUUACAAGUGACUUUUACACUUGAGGGAAAUACAUAUCUAGAACCUAAAAAUAUAAUGUGUGAUGAAGCAAACAAUAUGGACUACGAGGAAAGACAAUUCAGUGAGUCCUACGUAAUUUUACAUCCUUUGAAAAGCCUCGAUAACAACAAAUUAGGAUCUUGCUCAAAUGACCUCACAAAUGUCGAUGACUCAAAUACUUAUUUAACUUAAACAAAACAAGUUUUCUGCGAAUAUUGCUUUAGCAAUGUUCCUUAAUUUCAAAUCAAGUUUCAUUUAUCUUAAAAAUUGAUGAUGUCGGAGAGCCGUCAAAGAAACAAAAAGUGGGAUAUAUUGACAGACAUACAGAAGUACACACAAGAGUACAGCUAAACAGAAAACAUAUUCAUCUUAAAUUCGCUGGUAGAGAGACAAU